AUGCCUCCUCUCGGUCGUGAUAAAGGUCGUCCCAGAUCGCGCAGGUCGGACGAUGAGUUCGUCGUAUUCCUUCAAGGCAUCCCACCUCAUUGCCGCUGGCAAGAACUCAAAGAUCUCGUCCGUCAAACUGCACUGCAUAUUCGUCAGGCAGUAGUAUACGAUGAUAGCCACGGAUUCCCCACCGGCCUCGGCCAAAUCAUCGUCAAGAAUGAAGACGAGGCAUGGCGAACCUACCAUCGCCUUUCAACCAGCGGAUGGGAUGGCCAGAGUCUGGUCGUCACACUCUCGCGAACAAGUACGCCCACAAAGCCCAUUGCCGGUCCUACCAGAAGUCCAGCAAUGAUGCCUACAGGCUACAUCUCCGGCCACUCCACGCCUCCAUUAGUACAUGGAAACAUAGCAAUGCCCCCAUCACCCGUCUCACCAGAAUCCUCCCAUCCGCCAACUCCACCAUAUCCAUACCCAGAGUACGGCGUCAUGAUGGUCCCCAUACCAAUGCCACAAUCAUUCAUGCCUAUGAUGCCAGAUCCACACGCACAGCCAAUGCAGUGUUUCCCCCCAUCCCCAGUAAUGAACGGCUUUUACGAACCGCAUUGGAGCAUGAUGUCAGGGUAUCAGAUGUCCCCUCCACACCACAUGCACCACCCGAGCGAUACCCAAUCACACAACUACCGCGAAUCUCGCAAAGGCACGAAUCCCAACUCUCCAUCUUUCUAUCCAGACCAUCGAGCUAUUACUAUCGAAAACUUGAAUGCGGCUACUACAUCCGCCGACCUAAAAACACUUCUACAGACAGCCGGCACUGUCCAGAAAUGCAAAAUAGCCACUGCUGACUCGGAAGAUGGUAAUGUCCAGCUCCGCGGCUUGAUCACCAUGCAAACGGCAGACGAGGCCCAGUGCGCUGUCACCAUGUUUAACAAUUUGAGUUUCAUGGGGUCGCGCAUUAGGGUGAAGGUUGAUCGUGACUCGCAUAUCACACGGGCUGGAAGCUGUGAUAGGCUGCCAGGUGCUGGUGCUGGUGCUGGGUCAGACACCGCGAGCUCGGUGCCGGGUAUUGCGGAUACGUGUCAGUCUUGGGCUGAUGAGAUGACUGCUGAAGCUAGUGUUAUUGAUGUUUGUAAGCCGUUGGUGAUAGAUGGGUCUGGGUUGAAUAGGUCUGUUGAGAUUUUGUCGAUGUCUGCGCCUACGUGA